CGGAUUAAAGUUCUAAUCUAAAACUCUAAUUUACGCAAAAAAUCUCUGGUUCUCGUCCUCGUCGGCUGCCGCUUCACCAACCUGCCUUCUUCUCCGUUGUUUCUUCUUGCUCAGUCUGAUUUGUGCCGGAUACACCGCUCUGAUCUGGCAGCUGCUUGUAUUUUUCUGUUUAGAGCUGAUUUAGUAGCAUCUCAAAAAGUACAUUGGUGAACAUAUACCAUGCCCUCUUUCGACCGUCCCCCGACGGCUGUCGGCGCUACGAUACCUGCAAACACCCCGCAUGCCGUCUCCGUCACCCUCCCGUCCUGGGAAGCGAACGUUGCCUACGAGGAAGGCAAGGACUGGAUCUUCAGCAAGAUGAAGUCCGGAUAUCCUAGAUUCUUCUACCAUGAAAAGAUCCAGCAGCUCAUGCAACUGCUCGAAGCCCGCUACUGCCAGCCCGGCGAGAAAAUGCUCAUCUUCCCCUCCUACACCGUCGCGUGCAAAUGUCGCAACUUCAUCCGCCAAUACACCCCUCUCAAAGACGCCAGCAUCCACGUCGUCGAAGUGACCGUGCCGCCACCCAGCAAAGGCGUCUUUGCAAACAUCUCCUGCGUCAUCUUCCCCGCCGACGACGCAAAGCUCGCAAAGGCCUUCUGGCAGCACAGUGGCGACGGCAUCUCGAGCCGGCUGGCGGAAUAUUGUCUCGACUCGCUCAAGCACCUCGAGGCGCAAUCAAAGGCCGACGCGAGCAGCACCGCCGCCGACGCGUUCAAGCACGCGCCACACACAUUCAAGCGCUACGCAAAGAAAAGCACACUCGCGCCUUCGAGCACGCCCAGCCCGGACGACGACUCGGACGAGUCCCGCGAGUUCACAACCUACCUCGAAGAGCGCUUCGGUCGUAAUCUCGACAUCUCGUUCGUGACCCAGGUCAAGACCGCCCUGCGGCGGCGCAUCGCCGGUACCUUGGACGAGAACCUCGACGUAGCCCAGGUCGUCGACAUCGUCCCGCACGAGACCACCCGUGACGUCAAGGGAUUGACCGAAGACGACGUUUUCCUCUACCCGACCGGCAUGUCCUCGAUCUUCAACGCGCACCAGAUCCUGCUCUCGACCAUGGAGAACCGCAAGAGCGUGUGCUUCGGGUUCCCGUACACGGACACGCUCAAGAUCUUGCAAAAGUUUGGUCCCGGAUGCUACUUUUACGGAAACGGCGAGCCCGAAGAUCUGGCCGAGCUCGAGCGUGAAUUGGAAGGCGGAUUGAAGAUCAUGGCGUUCUUUUGCGAGUUCCCGUCAAACCCGCUGCUCAAGUGCCCCAACCUGCGCGAAGUCCGCCGGCUGGCUGACAAAUACGAUUUCGCCGUCGUGGUCGACGAAACGAUCGGGAACUUCAAAAACAUCCACGUGCUCGAGUACGCCGACAUGGUCGCGUCGUCGCUCACCAAGGUCUUCUCCGGCGACAGCAACGUCAUGGGCGGCAGCCUCGUCCUCAGUCCCGCGAGCCGGUACUACACGCAGCUCAAGCAGGCGGCCGCCAACGUGUACGAAGACAACCUCUGGGCCGAGGACGCCAUCUUCCUCGAGCGCAACUCGCGCGACUUUGUCUCGCGCAUCGCGCGCAUCAACGUCAACGCCGAAGCGCUCUGCGAGCUCCUCCUCGCAAAUUCCAAGGUCAAGAACCUGUACUACCCAAAGUACAGUUCGACGCGAAAGUUCUACGACGACUGCCGCACCGAGAACGGCGGCUACGGCGGCCUUCUCUCGAUCCUUUUCCACGACCCCAAGCACGCGGUGCAGUUCUUUGACGCGGUCGAGGCCGCCAAGGGACCGAGUCUGGGGACCAACUUUACGCUGCUGUGUCCGUAUACUAUCCUCGCCCACUUUGUCGAGCUGGAGUGGGCGAAGGAGUAUGGCGUGGAUACGUACCUUAUUCGGAUCAGCGUGGGAUUGGAGCCGACCGAGGAAAUCGUGCAGGUGUUUGCGACCGCGUUGAACAAGCUUGAGGAUUAAGAAAAGUAGAUUGUGUAUUGUUACAGUGUCGUGUGUAUAUGCCAGAGUAUGAUGUACAUGUCCUGGAUAAAUAAAAGCAAAUUAUAUAUGAGU